CGCGCGGAAGCGGCGGCGCUGAUUGGCCGCGGGCGCGGAGGGGAACCAUGGCGGGCAUGGCGGGGUACGUGCGGCUCGGGGCCGCCGCCAGCGCGCCCCUCAUGGGGCUGGGCACAUGGAAGUCCCCCCCAGGGAAGGUGACGGCUGCGGUGACGGCUGCCAUCGAUGCCGGGUACCGCCACUUCGACUGCGCCUAUGUGUACCAGAACGAGAAGGAGGUUGGGGAAGGGAUCCAGCAGAAAAUCAAGGAAGGCGUUGUGAAACGAGAGGACCUCUUCGUCGUCAGCAAGCUGUGGUGCACCUUCCACGAGAAGCCUCUGGUGAAGGGAGCCUGCCAGAAGACUCUUGCAGACCUGAAGCUGGCUUACCUGGAUCUCUACCUCGUCCACUGGCCUUUUGGCUUCAAGGCAGGAGAGGAGCUGUUCCCUGUAGAUGACAAAGGCAUGGCUAUCCCCAGCAACACAGAUAUCCUGCAGACGUGGGAGGCCAUGGAGGAGCUGGUGGAUGCUGGCCUGGUAAAAGCCAUUGGAAUCUCCAACUUCAACCGUGAGCAGAUUGAAAGGAUCUUGAACAAGCCAGGACUGAAGCACAAGCCUGCAAAUAAUCAGAUUGAGUGUCACCCAUACCUUUCCCAGGAGAAGCUGAUUGACUACUGCCACUCCAAAGGGAUCACUGUGACAGCAUACUGUCCCCUUGGACGUCCUGACGGUUCUAAGCCAGAGGCACCUUCCCUUCUGGAUGACCCCAAGAUCAAGGAGAUUGCAGCCAAGCACAACAAAACCCCAGCACAGGUUCUCCUUCGCUUCCAGAUCCAGAGAAAUGUGAUUGCCAUUCCCAAAUCUGUCACCCCGCAGCGCAUUGUGGAGAACUUCCAGGUGUUUGACUUUGAACUGACAAAAGAGGAGAUGGCCACCCUUCUUAGCUUAAACAGAAACUGGAGGAUCUGUCCAAUGGUCACGUGCAAGAAUCACAAGGAGUACCCUUUCAAUGCAGAAUACUGAAGAUGGUUUUUUCCCUGCCCUCUCUCAGGCCCCCAGGGUCUACUGAGCUUCUACCAUUGCCUCAAAUUGUGCACUAUGUAGCUGACACACUGUAUCCCUCUUCCCAGCAAAGGCACAGGAUAUGUGUUCAGUGACUUUGGGCUUUCUUCUUAGGUGGAAGGAAAUUGUACAGUUGUUCUGGAGAACAAAAUGUGGGCUAUGAUAACUCUCAUUACAUGAGUGUCUCUGCAUGGCUGAAAUAGCAAAGGAGAAAACAGAAGAGGGAGCUAGCAAUUGAUUUUUAUCUGCUGUCUUGCAUCAGCAUCAUUUAAUGCUGCAGGGUUAAGGAUAUGUAAGUGCAGGAGAAAAAUCUAUCCUGAAUAAUCACAUAAUCACUGCCUGAAGGUAAAAGACAAAAUUAACUUCUAGAGUACAGCCCAAAGCUUUCUGGGAAAUAAGAAUAAAUGAGAGAAGUGUCCAGACCUAGAGAUGAAUAGCAACUCAUACUGGGCCUUAUUUCAGUUCCUUUUUUACAGGCUGAAACUGUACAGAGAUUGAUGUUCAAUUUCAUUCUUGAGCAAAAUAAAAAUAUUUGAAUUAC